GCUCGCGCACUUGACCCGGGCAACGGAAGUUCGGUGCCCUGAUCGCUGAAGAGCUCUGUUCCUGUGGCGAGCAGCAAGCCCGAGCUUAGUGCCGAACCCCGUGCUUCGAGCCCCUCUCUUUCGCAGCCUGUCUUGUGUGACUCGUCCGUGCAGGGCGCCCCUGCUCGACGGUCGAGUACCGAGACUGCGCUUGACUUCGAUUCACGUCGGCGAUUUCGGCCCCAGCUCGCCAACAGAUUUCUCUGAAGGGCGCGCCCGAGGCACCGAGCACCACGUGACCCAGAGUUCGUAAGCGAGUAUCGAAAGGCGAGCUGCUUCCCAAUUGCAAUCAUGGGUGACGAACCGCUCAUCGUUGCACAACCUGAACCAUCGCACAUCAGCCCUCAAGCUUCACAGAUACCUAUGGUGUCCGGGAUGUCGCCGAUGCCAGCACGGACUCGACUUCGAACACAUUGGUGAUCAUGGUCAUCGCGAUCACCAUAAUCUUCGGGACUGCUGCAGUACUCGCCUUCCUUCUCCUCGGUGAUGACAUGUCGGAUACCGGUGUAGACUCCGAGAUCGAUUCCCGAGGAGGAGUUGGCGGCGGAGGCGGCGGAGGGGGUGGCGGAGGCAGUGGAGGUGGAUCCAGUGAUGGCGGACCAAGCGGAGGGGGGCCUAGCGGAAAGGGGCCUAGCGGAAAGGGGCCUAGCGGAGGGGGACCAAGCGGAAGCAGACCGAGGGGAAAAGGACCGAGUGAACGUGGACCGAGUGGAAGUGGACCGAGCGGAGGAGGCGGAACCGGUGGGUCCGGAACCGGGACAGGUGGUUCUGUACCCCCUUCCCGUGUUCCCGACCCCGUCCGUGUUCCUGACCCCGCUCGUGUUCCUGACCCCGCCCGUGUUCCUGAACCCGCCCGUGUUCCUGGCCCCGCCCCUCUUCCCGUUCUCGUUCCUCCUCCAGUCUCCGUCGUGUUGGUGACGCGGACACCAAAGCCUCGACCCACCGAGUUGAUCUGCACGGUGGGCACCUUCGCGCUCUACGACAACAUGUACCCGCCGGACAACCUCUGCAACUUCCUGUUCUACACCGACGUCGUGGUGGUCAAGAGCUCGCUGCACGGCGUCGAGGGAGACGCCAGCUGGAAGCAGUUCAAGAAGGUCUUGAAGAACUACACCACGACGAAAGGCGGGAUUAGCUUCGACACCCGAUAUUUGACACGGCGGCAGAUUGACGACGAGGUUCUGCAACAGGAACUCACCAAUCUGGCAGCGGUCAACAUAAAGAACUACGGCGUACUCAAACUAUUAGGACGACUUGCCAAUAUGGAUAAUUACAUGCGUAAUGCCAUAGCUGCGCUCGAACUAUUAAGAGCGACUCAAGCCACCUACACCAGGAUCGUAAUGGCAAUCGGCUUGUACGAUUACGCCGAGCCGAACGCCUGGGAGCGCUACCGCGCCGUGAUCAAAAAAGCCGUCGAAAAUACGGUGGCUGACACGGUCAUAGCCAUCAGUUCCACGGGCUGGGUAGAGAGCCUACAGACGUGCCGCGCCGCUCCGACUUCGAUGUUCGACUACAAGAGACUCGCCGAUCCGCAGAGAACAGCUGCGAUGUCCUACCCCGACCUUAGCACCCAAGCGUACCUGGCCACCUUGAAGUACACCAAGAACAUCACCAGGUUGGGUCUCUCUCUGGAGAUGGGCACGCUGCUGUACGUGCUGAACGGAACCACAAGAGAUAUCGAUAAAAGGGCGUACCGCCAGUGCAAGAACUUCUACCUCACACAAAUAGACAUCGUGGACUGUCAAGGUCAUACAGACAUCUCCUUGCUGCCUGGUGGCAUGAAAAUAGGCUCGCCGCGAUCUAGUAGCGACAUACUUCUCAGUUGGGAGGACGAUGAGUCUCUCGAAGAUAAGCUGGACGCCCUCAAGAAGUCCAACAAGCUUCGCACAGGCUGGUCGUGGCUUCUUUACAACGUUCACCUCGAGGACAUCUACAAGCACUGCACCGAGGACCCUUUCCAGCGGGUCAAGUUCCUCAAAGGUCGUCUGAUUGCGUCUGGCUGAGUCUUCGGAGCGUGAUGGUUGGAGUUGUUUUCGGGGUGGACGGUUUCCACCUGAUCGCUUGUAGAACAAUACAGACCGUGCCAGCGAAAGAAGCUUUGAGUCGUCUGUGAUGUGCUAGAUACAUGUUGUUACUGAAA